UUGGUGAGGGAGGGAGACUCUGAGACAACUUGUCAUUCCUCUUCCUUGGAGUUCAAGUUGAGGUAGAAUUUCAACUCCAUUAGGGUUUUAGAGGAAGUAAAUAACCUAACACUCCUCGUGGGGUUUUACAUCUCUUUCUACCACAAGUUUGGUUGGAUUCAAAAACUCUUUCUUUUGGGGUUUUUUCAGAUACCCAGAUUUUGAAGAGUGGUGAGGAUACCAUGGGUUCAAGUUCAAAAUCCAUGGUUGUCCGUUCUGAAAUUGACCUAGAAGCGGUGAAGCAGUGGUACAUUCAAGGUUUGGAUAAGCGGAUGGACCCAGGAAAAUCAGAGAUUAAGGAGAAAGCAAGGAAGCAUCUCAGGGCUACGGGGUGGGAUUUUUGGUACGCUAAGAAGGGGACGAAGCAGGAGUUGCGGUACACUUCUCCGACGGGGAUUGUUUACUAUUCGCUUCGAAUGGCAUGCAAAGGCUGUAUGGAACUAGAAGGAGGCGCCGCCGCCGCCGCCGGAACCACUGAGUCUGGUAGCGUGAUCACGUCUAUUGAAAGUGAAAAUCCGGUUAAGAACGAGCAUUCUGAGGAUCUGAUGGUAUUGCCGGGAAGAAGGAUGGGGAGGUUGAAGACGGGGGAGGAAUGCACCGGAGUUUCAACUCCGGCCACGCCCAGAAGAGGAAGAGGAAGGCCGAGGAAACAGGGGCUUGAGUCUUCACCUGAAACAAAAUCGACCCAAAAUAAUGGGUUGGAAUCGGAAGGUACAUUCGCUAGAGGAGAACCUGUUAGUUUCCCAAGCCCAAGAAGCGGAAAACGCCGAGGAAGGCCGAAGAAACCCAAGGUUGACUUUCAAUCCGAUAAGCGGUUGAAGACUUUGAACAAUGAUUCCGACCCGGAAUAUCGACCGGCAGGAGGAUCGCCUUCUCCCUCAAAGCUCAGAAGGGGAAAGACACCGAAAAAGCCCAAGUCAAGAAACGACGUGAAACCUGAUAAGCCCAUCACUCGCCGUGUGAAGCAAUUGAGUUUUACUGUGCGACAGGGGUUACCUCCGACCGACCAUCAUCGGAAUCCUCGAACCAUUCUCUCAUGGCUGAUCGACAACAAUGUGGUAUCGAUUUUGGAAAAGGUACAGUACCAAGGGAAGUCAAAGAAAGGCCGGGUAACUCGCGAAGGAAUCCAAUGCGACUGUUGCUUCAGGAUAUUUACUCUCACCCAUUUUGAGGCUCAUGCCGGUAGCACCAACCACCGUCCAGCGGCUAACAUAAUCUUGGAAGACGGUCGCUCUCUUUCCGAUUGUCAAAAGCAGGUACAGAAUCAGAUACCCAGAAACUCAACAUUGCAUUCACAAGAUGGUUCAGAGGAGAUUCCACUUGAAUCGAACGAUUCAGUGUGCUCUGUUUGCCACUAUGGAGGUGAGUUGCUUUGUUGUGAUAAAUGUCCAUCUGCAUUCCACAAGGAUUGUUUGGGUUUGAGGGAGAUUCCAGCCGGUAAUUGGUUUUGCCCGCCUUGCUGCUGUAAAGUUUGUAGCCGGAGCAGAUGUCAAGAAGGAGAUGAACCUUCAGAGAAGGAUAUUUUUGUCAGCUGUGUCCAAUGUGAACUCAAAUUUCAUCUCGGCUGUCUCCAGAAUUACGUGCCCGGGAAUAACUGGUUUUGCAGUAGCAACUGUGAGUACAUAUUUUCCGGCCUCCAGAAGCUCGUCGGAAAACCAAUUCAGUUGGGGGAGGGCAGUCUCACCUGGACAUUAGUCAAAUCCAUGGAGAAUUCAGAUAGCCAUGAUCCUGAGGCCAAGGCAGAGAACCACAGUAAGCUAAGCAUUUCUCUUGAUGUAAUGCAUGAGUGUUUUGAGCCACAUAAGGAUGCUUUCACCGGAAGGGACCUUGUUGAGGAUGUGAUUUUCAGCCGAGAAUCAGAGCUGAAACGCUUGAAUUUCCGGGGAUUCUAUACUGUCCUUCUGGAGAAGAAUGAUGAAUUGGUUUGUGUGGCAAAUGUGAGGGUAUAUGGAGAGAAGGUUGCUGAGAUGCCGCUUGUGGGAACCAGGUUUAAGUACCGGAAACAAGGGCUGUGCCGGAUUCUGAUGAAUGAACUGGAGAAGCAGCUGAUGGGAUUGGGUGUUGAGAGGUUGGUUUUACCAGCAGUGCCUGCAGUGCUUGAUACAUGGGUAAACAGCUUUGGAUUUUCCAAGAUGACGGCUCAGGAGAGAUUGAUGCUGAUGGAUUAUACAUUCUUGGAUUUUCAGGGCACUGAAAUGUGCCAGAAAUUCUUGAAGAAGUCCAUUGAAGUUGAUGAUCAUAGUGGGGAUUUUAAUCCGCACAAUUAUCUUUCAGAGUUAAAAGAACAUGUUGAGAAGCAGGGUUUUAGAGCUAAUGGUGGAGGAGAACCACUGCAGGCAACAGCCUAGUCAUUCUCGUUUUGGUGAUUUUGUGCACUUCAUUGACAAAUAGGUUGUGUAAAAUCUUUAUCUCCAGGUAGAUUAUUGUUUCCUCUGUUUCUUGAACAGCAACAUCUUAUGCCCUUCCUGAACAAAACCACCUUUUUACCAUAUAAAUCGUGUUUCUAUCU